CUAUCCGGGUCAGAGGCUUGAGUCUAAGGCAUAGAGUGUAUCAUGUUGAAGAUGAGCGGGUGGCAGCGACAGAGCCAAAAUCAGAGCCGGAACCUGAGGAGAAAGUGUUCCAGAAGGAAGUGUAUCUUCAUACAUCACCACACCUGAAAGCAGGUAAAC